CAGUUAGAGACGACCGGGAGCCCCCAGGCGAAGUCCCCAGCAGGCAGCAGUCAGGGGAACAUCCCCGCAGAAGCACGGACUCCGACUGCUCCUGCCAACAAGGCGCUGCAGAAUGUCAAGGGGGACCACCCAUCGGUAAGCCAGGAUAUGGCUUUCCUGCAAAACCGCUCAAUAUCUCUGGUGGAUAUGUACAUUGAUAACUCGGAACCGUCGGAAAACGUUGGACAAAUCCACUUCUCGUUGGAGUACGACUUUCAGAACACGACGCUCAUACUUAGAAUCAUACAGGGUAAAGACCUGCCGGCUAAGGACCUUUCGGGCACCAGCGACCCCUACGUCCGCGUGACCUUGUUGCCCGACAAGAAGCACCGGCUGGAGACGAAGAUCAAGCGACGGACGCUGAAUCCGCGGUGGAACGAGACCUUCUACUUCGAGGGCUUCCCCAUACAGAAGCUGCAGUCCAGGGUGUUGCACUUGCACGUCUUCGACUACGACAGGUUCAGCAGGGACGAUUCCAUCGGCGAGGUGUUCCUGCCCUUGUGCCAGGUGGACCUGAGCGAGAAACCCUCAUUCUGGAAGGCCCUGAAGCCGCCGGCGAAGGACAAGUGCGGAGAACUCCUAACCUCCCUCUGCUACCACCCCAGCAACAGCAUCCUAACGCUAACCUUGCUCAAAGCCAGAAACCUCAAGGCCAAAGACAUCAACGGCAAAUCAGAUCCCUAUGUGAAGGUGUGGCUUCAGUUCGGCGACAAGCGCAUAGAGAAGCGCAAGACGGCCAUCUUCAAGUGCACCCUGAACCCCGUCUUCAACGACACCUUCUCCUUCAACGUGCCCUGGGAGAAGAUCAGGGAGUGCUCGCUCGACGUCAUGGUCAUGGACUUCGACAACAUCGGCAGGAACGAGCUCAUUGGGAGGAUCCUCCUGGCCGGUAAGAACGGAUCAGGGGCGUCUGAGACCAAGCACUGGCAGGACAUGAUAACGAAACCGAGGCAGACCAUAGUGCAGUGGCACAGGCUGAAGCCCGAAUAGAAUAGAAGGUGGGGAGGUAGCACACACUGGUAAUGUCUUUUUCGAAAGCACUUUUGACUACAACAACACCUUCAACUGUUUUCUCGUCUUUGUAACUAACCGUAUGAUUUAUCAUCGAAAAAUCCUUCUGAAAAUUUAAAAAAAUAACGACAAUAAUUUGCUUUGGCCCAGGUCCGUCUCCGGUCCGCACAAUCGAAAUAGGGUCCCACAAGGGUCUGUUCUAAGCCCACAAAAACUUUUCUAUUUCGGAUGUCGCGAACGGAGACGGAUCCGACCUUCCUAAAAAUUUUCCACUUUUCUGAGAACUGCUGCUGUUUGCUUCCCAAUUUUCUAUGCUUAUAAUAAAGUAAAUCUUUAAUAUUCCCUUUCAAACUGAUUAGGAAAAUAUCGCACAAAAACUCAACAAAAUUAUGCAUUUAAACACCACAGCAACGUUUCCACCAUUGACUUUUAUAUUUGUCUCAAUUUUAAACCCUGCGUUCCACAAUCUUAAAUUAAAUCACUUCGGCCCUCAAAAAGCCUUUAAAUGAUCUUGCAAUUAAUCUGUGACCUUGAAAAUUGUAGUCAAAACCUUUCUUGGCAUUAAGGUUGUUUAAAGACUUCGGUCUCGCAUCCUGACCUUUGCUACAUUAUUUUUCCACUGAGAAGCCUUCAAGAUAUAAGCUUCAAUUUUUCCGACCUUAACUGACCUUAAUUUAAAACUUACUUGAUGUGCCUCUUAUGAAUCUGGUAGCCUUUAAGCUGACUCUGGUUAGUUUCACUACCUUUAUUUCAACCUCUUAAUGUUCAAGAGCCUUUAAAAAGCCUUUAUUUUUCUUCCAUCUUAGCGUUUCAAUGAAAAGGUCAUCUUCGUCCUUGUUCUAAAACCUUGAAUCUGACAGUUUUCUCACUUUAUUUCCAAGAUAUAUCGAAUUUGUGUCAGGCUUAAUCUGAGACUUUCAAUUUUUCUGGCCUUAAUUCCAGAUUUACCUGAUGUACUUCUUGUAAGUCUGACAGCCUUUAGUUAUACUCUGAUUAUCAUUUUCUAGUCUUUUAACAUUCAAAAACACCUCCUUCGUUCCCCCCCUUUUCCUUCGUUGAUCUUGAUACCUAUAACCUUGCAUCGACUCUCAAUAUAAAAAUGCCCUUUUAUGAACAUCUUCGUCCUUUACAUUGAAGUUUUUUUAAGGCCCACCAAAAUUAUCGAAUAUAUCUCCAAUCUGAUAUUAGACCUUAAACUUUUCGACCUUCUUGAAAAUGUGGUAGCCUUUGAUAGCCAAGCCUGGUUAGCUUGCUGGCCUUUAUUCCAGCCUUUAACAUUUAAAAACUUUUAAAAAAUCUGUGUUUUUUCUUUAAUCUUGACAUUUGCAUCCUUGAAUCUGUUCUUAAUAUAGAGACCUUCACGGAUAUAAAGGCUAAUUUCAUCUUAUCAUCUUUAAAAUGGUUCUAAGGCCUUGGGUCUACAAUCUGACCUUUGCCACUUUAUUUUUCCAAUCAAAGGCCUUCAGAAUAUAUUAAAUAUGUGUGACCUUAAUUCAAGGCUUACUUGGUGUGCUGCUUAUAGUCCUAUAGCCUUUAUACACUCUCGUUAACUUCUUGAUUUAUAAACCUUUAAUGUUUUUUUUCGUUACUCUUGACACCUGCAUCUUUAAAUCUGUUCUCAGCGCAAAGAUGGUCCUUAAGGUCGCUGGCCUUAACAUAGCCUUAAACUAUAAUUUUCUUGUGAAAAAUUUGUUUAUUCAAGACAUUCACACUUAUAACUGGGAAUAGUUCGACAUACCCAGAGAUCUUUAUUUUCAAGGUCACAAAUUUAGUAAAACAUGGUGUUUAAGUGUGUAAUUUGCCAUACAGAAACCUUUUUUCAGGCGCCCCGUAGUUGAGUUUUCCUUUGAAUUCUAUCUUACCGAUAUGUUAACUAAAAAAAAGUGAAUACAUAACAUAUAUAUUUUCUAAUUUAAGAAUCUAUUUUUCAAUUAUAAAGUGAAGUAUUUUCUUAAAACUAGUAAAGGAUCAAAUCGUGUUGCUAUAUAUCUUUGUUUAUCGGUAUUUUCGAGCACAAAAAAUGUUUAAUUAAGGAUUUAUAUAAAUAAUAUUAUAUAUACAAAAAAAAUGUCUAAGUACCAUAAAAUUUUCAAAAAAGAACUGCGAAAAUAUCUCUAUAAAUGAGAAGUAUUUUUUGUGAUACCUUAGUAAUGUUAAAAUAUUGUUAUUAUAUAUGUGAAUAUUAUUAGACUAGGCUUAAGGUGAAAAUAAUACAUUAUUACAUAUUAACAAACAAAAAAAAAAAGAAACGGCCCCCCCGUUCAACUACAGGAUUAUAAAAAAGUAUUGGCAAUUGCGCACGAACAAGGAAGAUGAGCAAAAUUUUUGAUUUUUUUUACGGUUAUUUGAAGCACUUUUUUUGUUCACCCUGUAUCUUAAAAAAGGAACAGUUCCAUCAAAACAAUAAAAUCUCAAAUUAUAGCCAUUGAUCAAUUAAUAAAUAUUGAAUUUCAAUUUAUUUUUCG